GGCGCUCGUCACUCAGUGCGCAGGUGCGAAGGAUCUGGCUGGUCCUUGGGCCGGGGGCGGGCUUGAAGAAGCGUCGUUUGGUUUUGGACACAGUGACAGAGUUCUCUGGGUUCAGCCGCUGGGCAGAAAGCGUUUGUCGGCGGCCUGGCCAGGAACGAGGCCCACGAAAUUCUCGAUGGUGUCCAUGACUUUCAAACGGAGCCGCAGCGACCGGUUCUACAGCACUCGGUGCUGCGGCUGUUGCCAUGUCCGCACCGGGACGAUCAUCCUGGGGACCUGGUACAUGGUGGUCAACCUGUUGAUGGCAAUUUUGCUGACUGUGGAGGUAACACAUCCAAACUCAAUGCCAGCUGUCAACAUUCAGUAUGAAGUCAUUGGCAAUUACUAUUCAUCUGAGAGAAUGGCUGAUAAUGCCUGUGUUCUUUUUGCUGUCUCUGUUCUUAUGUUUAUAAUCAGCUCAAUGCUGGUACAUGGAGCAAUUUCUUAUCAAGUGGGUUGGCUGAUUCCGUUCUUCUGUUACCGGCUUUUUGACUUUGUUCUCAGUUGCCUGGUUGCUAUCAGUUCUCUCACUUAUUUGCCAAGAAUCAAGGAAUAUCUGGAUCAAUUACCUGAUUUUCCCUAUAAAGAUGACCUCCUGGCAUUGGACUCCAGCUGUCUCCUGUUCAUUGUUCUUGUGUUCUUUGCCUUGUUCAUCAUUUUUAAGGCUUAUCUAAUCAACUGUGUUUGGAACUGUUACAAAUACAUCAACAACAGAAACAUGCCAGAGAUAGCUGUGUACCCUGCCUUUGAAGCACCUCCACAGUAUGUUUUGCCAACCUACGAAAUGGCAGUGAAGAUGCCUGAGAAAGAACCACCACCACCCUACAUACCUGCCUGAAGAAAUUCUGCCUUUGUCAAUAAACCCUACACCAGCUUUUUGUCUUGUUUAUUUUCAGAAUGCUGCAAUGCAGGGCUCUUCAGACUUGUUUGAUAUAAAGUACAUUUUCCUUUGUUUAAGCAUUUAUUUUUAAACACUAACAAGCUUUUUGGACAUCUGUUAGAAUUCAGAGUUCGUUGUUGUUGUUGAGUAUAUUACAUUUAAAUAGUUUUUGAAGACAAUCUAGGUUAAGCAAGAGCAAAGUGCCACUGUUUGCCUUUGAUUGGGGGGUGGGGAGGGGAUACUCUACACAUUUUCUUUUUUAACUCUGCACUUUCUUUAUAUAAUAGUUUGCAUUUUGGUUAUUUGCUGCCCUGGAUACUUUCAGGAACAAUGAAUUAAAUAUUCAGGGUGAGUGAGCUGAGUAUAAGAUCUGGAGUUUUCAGCUAUGAAAACAGGAAAAAUAUGUAACAUUUUAACUUGACUGUGGAAGAGGAUGGUUGCAUGUUUCUAAUUUGUAUGUUUCCAUCUUUGUGAUAAGAAGCUUUAAUAAAUCUCUUAAAUAUU